AUGAAGUUCGCCUCUGUUCUGAGUGUGCUCGGGGCCCUGACCGCUGUAUCCGCCGUUCAGGUGAAUCCACUUCCCGCCCCCCGUAACAUCACCUGGGGGUCCUCCGGUCCAAUCCAAAUCAAUCACUUGAAAUUGAAGGGUCAUCACUCUCCUGUGGUCAUUCAAGCUUGGGAGAGAGCAUGGGAGACAAUCAUCACCCUGCGAUGGGUUCCUGCCGCUGUUGAAGCGCCUUUCGCCUCCUACCCAGCCUUCCCGACAUCGACCCCUGCCUCCAAGGCCAGACGCGCGCCCUCCGCCAUCCAUAACGUCGAUAUUCAAGUGGUGGACAACGAUGCCGAUCUUCAACAUGGUGUGGAUGAAUCCUAUACACUGGUGGUAGCCAAUGGCGGCAUCCGGAUCAAGGCCCAGACAGUUUGGGGUGUAUUGCACGCCUUCACCACCCUACAGCAGAUUAUCAUCUCGGAUGGUAAGAAUGGCUUGAUCAUUGAACAGCCUGUCAAGAUCAAUGAUGCGCCCUUGUUCCCCUACCGCGGUAUCAUGAUGGACACCGGUCGCAACUUCAUCACCGUUCCCAAGAUCUUCGAGCAAAUCGACGGCAUGGCCUUGUCCAAGCUUAAUGUUCUCCAUUGGCACUUGGAUGAUGCUCAAUCAUGGCCCAUGCAAAUGCGCUCCUACCCUGAGAUGACCAAGGAUGCCUACUCGCCUCGCGAAAUCUAUAGCGAGCGCGACAUGCGCCGUGUGCAAGCCUAUGCUCGCGCGCGAGGUGUCCGCGUCAUCCCCGAGGUUGACAUGCCCGGCCACUCUGCCUCGGGCUGGCAACAGGUAGACCCGGAGAUUGUGGCUUGUGCUAAUACCUGGUGGUCGAAUGAUGUGUGGGAGGAACACACCGCGCUCGAGCCGAAUCCCGGCCAGCUUGAUAUUAUCUAUCCCAAGACCUACGAAGUUGUCAACAACGUCUACCAAGAAUUGUCUAACAUCUUCGGCGACAACUUCUUCCACGUUGGUGGCGACGAAAUCCAGACUAAUUGCUAUAACUUUAGUACCCACGUCACUAAGUGGUUUGCCGAGGAUCCCUCGCGCACUUACAGAGACCUUGCUCAGUACUGGGUUGACCACUCCUUGCCUAUCUUCCGUAGUGUCGGCGACCACCGCCGUCUCAUGAUGUGGGAGGACAUGGCCAUCGCGACUGAGAGCGCCCACCACGUGCCCAAAGACAUCGUCAUGCAGAGCUGGAACAGCGGCGAUGGUAAUAUCAAGAAGCUCACCUCGUCCGGCUACGACGUAGUCGUUUCGUCCUCUGACUUCCUCUACCUUGACUGCGGCCACGGCGGCUUUGUCACCAACGAUGCCCGCUACAACGAGCAGCUUAACACCGCUGGCGGGGUGACUUUCAAUUACGGCGGCUCCGGCGGCUCCUGGUGCGCCCCCUACAAGACCUGGCAGCGUAUCUACGACUAUGACUUCCUUACGAACCUCACUGCCUCUGAGGCGAAGCACGUUAUCGGCGCCGAGGCACCGCUGUGGGCGGAGCAGGUCGAUGAUGUGACCAUCUCCAGCGCGUUCUGGCCUCGCGCCGCUGCUCUUGGUGAGCUCGUCUGGUCUGGCAACCGUGAUGCUGCGGGCAAAAAGCGCACCAACAACCUCACUCAGCGUAUACUGAACUUCCGUGAAUACCUUGUUGCUAAUGGUGUGAUGGCCACUGCUCUUGUGCCCAAGUAUUGCCUGCAGCACCCUCAUUCUUGCGGUCUCGAUAGAAACCAGACUGUAAUCUCUUGA